AGUUGGCCACAGAGAGUCGUCGUGAAAAGACCAAAAAUUAAAAUCGGCUGCAAAUGCUUGAUUAUUAAAAUAAUUUUAAUUUCGUAAGCCAAACGGAAUGAAACUUAAGUUUCAUUUGUUUGUUCGUCGUACUUAACACGGAAAAGUUCGAGAGUGUUUUUAGACUUUCUUUUUUUUUUGUUGAGCUGUAGCUCUUUUUUUUUGUUGUGUCUCGAAAAGUUUUCAAUUUCGUUGUGAUUUGAAAGCACAUCAGUUUGAGAAAAAGUUUACAACAGUGCCAACGAGAAGAAAUUCCACCAUACAGAACAAAAUAUAUCAGUUACCAUGAAUCACAUGCAAGCGGUGACUGUGCUGGAAGCCACGCUUCCAGACAAAAGUAAUACAAAUGGUGAUAGUAAAAAUAGUGCUACAAUUAAGCGUCAUGUAUAUAAAGAUAAAGAUAACAAUAAUAACGUACAACCGAUCACAAAAGAGUCAUUAAACGCAACUGCAACAAAACCAGCACCGUCAGUUGAUGAACCCGAAGAAUACACACUUUUGGGUAUUUUUAAGUUCAAAUCGCCGAUUAAAUGGCUCAACACUAUCUCAAUCGUCCUAAUUCACCUGAUAUUUAUUUAUGGUUUUAUAACAUAUCCUUUGAAGUCGCAACUUAAAACAACAUUAUGGGGAUUCCUAGUAGGAGGAAUAUCUGGAUUUGGUGUAACCGCUGGUGCACAUCGAUUUUGGUGUCACCGAGCAUACAAAGCCAAAUUACCGUUGAGAAUAAUGCUCAUGCUUGCUUAUUGUGUUGCUGGCCAGAACACACUUUAUGACUGGGUAAGAGAUCAUCGAGUGCAUCACAAAUAUUCAGAAACGGAUGCCGAUCCACAUAAUUCGAAUCGUGGUUUCUUCUUUGCCCAUGUUGGAUGGCUUAUGCUUCAGAAGCACCCAGAAGUGAUAAAGAAAGGACGAGCCAUUGACAUGAGCGAUGUUCUUGCUGAUCCCGUCAUUCAAUUUCAUCAGAAAUAUUUCAUUCCUUUGAAAAUUCUUCUCUGUUUCAUCGUUCCAACGGUUGUCCCCGUUUAUUUCUGGGGAGAAACCUGGUAUUUAGCAUUCUUGUCACAAGCAGUUCUGCGCUACUUGUUCGGGUUGAAUUUUACUUGGUUGGUGAAUUCAGCAGCUCAUAUGUGGGGAUAUCGUCCAUACGAUAAGAAAAUCAAUCCUGUAGAAAAUAUUGCUGUCGCAGUUGUUGCUAUGGGUGAAGGUUGGCAUAAUUAUCACCAUGUCUUCCCAUGGGAUUACAAAGCGGCUGAAUUAGGAAAUUACAAAUUAAAUAUCACAACUUUCUGGAUAGAUUUAUUUGCAAAGAUGGGAUUGGCUUACGAUUUAAAAGAACCGUCUAAAGAGUUAGUUCGUAAAACAAUAGAAAAACAUGGUGACGGAAGUCAUUUAGUUUAUGGUCAUGCAGGAAAAUCUCAUCAUGCACAUGAGGAUGGACCGAAAAUAUUCUCUGGCCUUGGUGAUUGUACAAAAAGUGGAGUUUUAAACGAACAUGAUGCUGAGACAAUUGAUGGUGGAUUAGCGAAACGUCAAGAAGGAUAUGCAGGACGUCGUAAGAUCAGACUUGUUUGGCGCAACAUUCUUUUGUUCACAUAUUUACAUGUUGCUGCUGUUUAUGGAUUGUGGUUGAUGUUGGUCUCAGCACAAUGGAAAACAUGUAUCUUUGCAUUCUUCAUGUAUUCAAUCAGUGGUCUUGGAAUCACGGCUGGGGCUCACAGAUUAUGGGCACAUCGUUCCUAUAAAGCCAGAUUUUCACUACGUGUCAUGUUAAUGAUUUUCAACACGAUUGCUUUUCAAGAUGCUGCCAUGCAUUGGGCUCGAGAUCACCGUGUUCAUCACAAGUAUUCCGAAACAGAUGCUGAUCCUCAUAAUGCUACACGCGGCUUUUUCUUUUCGCAUAUUGGAUGGCUGUUGUGUCGCAAACAUCCAGCUGUUAAAGAAGCUGGUUCUAAACUUGAUAUUUCGGAUUUAAAAGCUGAUCCGGUCCUUAGAUUCCAACAGAAAUAUUACUUGAUUCUCAUGCCUAUUUUAUGCUUUGUCAUUCCUACAAUGAUUCCAAUUUAUUGUUGGGGGGAAUCAUUCAAAAACGCUUUCUUCGUUGCUACAAUGUUCCGUUAUACUUUCAUCUUAAACGUUACAUGGCUGGUCAACUCAGCAGCACACAAAUGGGGUGAUAAACCUUACGAUAAAGAAAUCAAUCCAUCACAAAAUCCUUCAGUUGCUAUACUUGCUUUGGGCGAAGGAUGGCACAAUUAUCAUCAUGUCUUUCCAUGGGAUUACAAAACAGCUGAAUUAGGGAAUUAUCGAAUGAAUUUGACAACAGCAUUCAUCGAUUUCUUCGCAAAAGUUGGUUGGGCUUAUGAUUUGAAAACGGUCUCAAAGGACAUCAUUGAAAAGCGAGUUGAACGAACUGGCGAUGGCACUCAUGAACACUCACGAAAAAAUACUUGGGGAUGGGGAGAUUCAGAUCAAAGUCAAGAUGAAAGAGAAUUAGCGAAAAUCAUCAACAAGAAAGAAGAUUAA